CGCGUGCGCGUCUUCGGUAGCUGGGGAGGCCUGGGGCCGUAGUGUCCGCAGGCCCUCCCGGGCACGGGCGCCACGGUGGUGACAGCCCGGAGAGGCGCCGCAGCCCGCAGUCCGCCCCCUCUCCGACGUGCGCGCGCGCCGGCGGACGUGGUCGCGUCCCCUGUCUGGGGCGGCGCAGAGCCCACCCGAAUCCUUCCCGCGGAAGCAAGGAUGGAGGCCCCUCAGGCUGUCGGGGCGGGGCUGGGUCCGUAGAUCCUGCCCACACGCGCACUACGUCACGGCGCCGCGUAGCCUCCUGGGAGUUGUGGUUCAGGCCUGCCCCCCCCGCCGCUGUCUCGGAGCUGCGGACUACAAGUCCCGGCAGGGCUCGCGGCGGCCCUAGACCCUGAAGCGCCGGGGGCUUCGGGUGGCUUCGGCCGGGGGGCUCGGGCUCGGGCUCGGCGCGGCGUGGCGCGGCGGCCUGGCUGGUGGCGGGUUCUGAGCAGUCGAAGCCCGCCGGCCAGGCGUCACACACACUGAGGUCGAAGCUGGCCGGCUGACAGACUCGGCGCUCCUCAGGCCCCCGGAGCCCCUGCGCGGAGCGGGCGGGACGCAAACUUCCGGACUUGGUGGCUGCCCGCCCGUUUCCUUUGCUGGGUUCUGUGUCAGCAAUGGCAGCCAGUUUCCAAUGGGAAGUCUUGGUGGCUGAGCAGAUUUCCGAGCCGGGAUUUAGCAGCUAAGUGUCAGGGAUGCUGAAGGGAGGCCAGUGUGUGCUCUAAGGUCCCCGAGCGAGCGUUGCCGCCCACCAUGGACCCAGACCCUCAGGCGGGCGUACAGGUGGGCAUGCGUGUGGUGCGCGGCGUGGACUGGAAGUGGGGCCAGCAGGACGGCGGCGAGGGCGGCGUGGGCACGGUGGUGGAGCUCGGCCGCCACGGCAGCCCCUCCACCCCCGACCGCACGGUGGUCGUGCAGUGGGACCACGGCACCCGCACCAACUACCGUGCCGGCUACCAGGGCGCGCACGACCUGCUGCUCUACGACAACGCCCAGAUCGGCGUCCGCCACCCCAACAUCAUCUGCGACUGCUGCAGGAAGCACGGGCUUCGGGGCAUGCGCUGGAAGUGCCGCGUCUGCUUCGACUAUGACCUGUGCACGCAGUGCUACAUGCACAACAAACACGACCUGGCGCACGCCUUCGAGCGCUACGAGACGGCCCACUCGCGCCCGGUCACGCUGAGUCCGCGCCAGGGCCUCCCGAGGAUCCCAUUAAGGGGCAUCUUCCAGGGGGCGAAGGUGGUUCGGGGCCCUGACUGGGAGUGGGGGUCGCAGGACGGAGGGGAAGGGAAGCCUGGCCGAGUGGUGGACAUCCGUGGCUGGGACGUGGAGACGGGCCGGAGCGUGGCCAGCGUGACGUGGGCCGAUGGCACCACCAACGUGUACCGUGUGGGCCACAAGGGCAAGGUGGACCUCAAGUGUGUGGGCGAGGCAGCUGGCGGCUUCUACUACAGGGAGCAUCUCCCGAGGCUUGGCAAGCCGGCGGAGCUGCAGCGCAGGGUGAGUGCAGACGGCCAGCCCUUCCAGCCCGGGGACAAGGUUAAGUGCCUGCUGGACACGGACAUCUUGAGGGAGAUGCAGGAAGGUCACGGUGGAUGGAACCCCAGGAUGGCAGAGUUUAUCGGACAGCCGGGCACCGUGCACCGCAUCACAGACCGUGGGGACGUGCGUGUGCAGUUCAGCCACAAGAUCCGCUGGACCUUCCACCCGGGGGCUCUCACCAAGCACAACUCCUUCUGGGUGGGGGAUGUGGUGCGGGUCAUCGACGACCUUGACACGGUGAAGCGGCUGCAGGCUGGGCACGGCGAGUGGACCGAUGACAUGGCCCCGGCUCUGGGCCGCGUUGGGAAAGUGGUGAAGGUUUUUGGAGACGGGAACCUGCGUGUGGCAGUCAGUGGGCACCUGUGGACCUUCAGCCCCUCCUGCCUGGUGGCCUACCGGCCCGAGGAAGAUGCCAACCUGGAUGUGGCUGAGCGCGCCAGGGAGAACAAAAGCUCCCUGAGCAUCAUCCUGGACAAGCUUCGAGCCCAGAAGUGUGACCUGGAGCACCCAGGGAGGCUGGUGGUGGAGGUGGCCCUGGGCAACAUGGCCCGGGCCCUGGACCUGCUGCGGCGGCACCCGGAGCAGGUGGACACCAAGAACCAGGGCAGGACCGCCCUGCAGGUGGCUGCCUACCUCGGCCAGGUGGAGCUGGUGCGACUGUUGCUGCAGGCGCGGGCAGGCGUGGACCUGGUGGAUGACGAGGGCAACACGGCACUACACUACGCAGCCCUGGGGAACCAGCCUGAGGCCGCCCGGGUGCUUCUGAGCUCGGGUUGCGCCGCCAACGCCCUUAACAGCGCUCGGAGUUCCGCGCUGCAUGUGGCCGUGCAGAGGGGGUUCCUGGAGGUGGUUCGGGUUCUCUGUGAGCGCGGCUGUGACGUCAACCUCCCCGAUGCUCACGCUGACACACCCCUGCACUGCGCCAUCUCGGCGGGCACUGGUGCCACUGGCAUUGUGGAGGUCCUCACUGAGGUGCCCGGCAUUGACGUCACUGCCACCAACAGCCAAGGCUUCACCCUGCUGCACCACGCGUCCCUGAAGGGCCACACACUGGCCGUCAGGAGGAUUCUAGCCCGGGCCCGGCAGCUGGUGGAUGCCCAGAAGGAGGACGGAUUCACGGCCUUGCACCUGGCUGCUCUCAACAACCACUGGGAAGUGGCCCAGGUUCUCAUCCGAGAGGGCCGCUGUGACGUAAACGUCCGCAACCGUAAGCUCCAGUCCCCACUGCACCUGGCUGUGCAGCAGGCCCACGUGGGGCUGGUGCCGCUGCUGGUGGACUCUGGCUGCAGCGUCAACGCCGAGGAUGAGGAGGGGGACACGGCCCUGCAUGUGGCACUGCAGCGUCACCAACUGCUUCCCAUGGCAGCCGAUGGGGCCGGGGGGGACCCGGGGCCCUUGCAGCUGCUGUCGCGGCUACAGGCUUCGGGCCUUCCGGGCAGCGCAGAGCUGACCGCAGGCGCAGCGGUGGCCUGCUUCUUGGCGCUGGAGGGCGCCGACCUGAGCUAUGCCAACCACCGGGGCCGGAGCCCGCUGGACCUGGCCACUGAGGGCCGCUUGCUCAAAGCCCUGCAGUGCUGUGCCCAGCGCUUCCGGGAGCGCCAGGCUGGCGGCGGCACGGCCCAGGGCCCGAGGCUGGUGCUCAGCGCCCCCAACGCGGUGACCAACGUGCACGUGGCCGCGCCGUCGGGGCCCGAGGCCGCGGAGUGCCUGGUGUGCUCUGAGCUGGCGCUACUGGUGCUGUUCUCGCCGUGCCAGCACCGCACCGUGUGCGAGGAGUGUGCGCGCAGGAUGAAGAAGUGCAUCAGAUGCCAGGUGGUCAUCGGCAAGAAGCUGCGGCCAGACGGCACGGAGGUGCUCAGCGCGGGCCCCGCACCUGGUCCGCCGCGGCAGCUGGUGGAGGAGCUGCAGAGCCGCUACCGGCAGAUGGAGGAGCGCAUCACCUGCCCCAUCUGCAUCGACAGCCACAUCCGCCUCGUGUUCCAGUGCGGCCACGGCGCGUGCGCGCCCUGCGGAGCCGCGCUCAGCGCCUGCCCCAUCUGCCGCCAGCCCAUCCGCGACCGCAUCCAGAUCUUCGUCUAGCUCGCGCCUCCCCCUCGACCCCGCGUCCCGGCCGCGCCCGCCUGGUUCCGGCGCCACGCCCCGCGACCUCCUUCGCAGGCCCCUACCCUCUGUUUUAUAAAAAGAUGUACGGAC